ACUCUUUUUUUCAACACUAACUGGUCUCAAUGAAUUACAUUCGUUUAUUUUUUUUUCUUGUCGAGGCCGUUAAUAGUUUGUCCUAUACCUGUUUUUCUCCUGUAGACUGUGGCUUUUGUGCAUUGUUGUUUAUCUAGGAGGCUACUGACAUUUAUGUCGAUCAUAAUUAGUUUUCAAGUGGUCAAGAGUGUACAUAUUUUUUAUUAAAAUUAAUAUUCGUGUUUCAAAAAUGUUUUUCUUAUCUUUGUUGUAUCUUUUAUUGAUACUAUUUGUGUUGAUUAUUGCUAUGAGUGUGUUCUUUAGACUGACUCCCGAAGGAAGAAUGAUUAGCAAGAUUCCCGCUGAUCGGGGAACUCCGAUAUUUCACAAUACUUUUGAUAUUGUUUUGAAUCCUGAACAGUUAUUUAUAUACUUAAGAAAGCUGUACAGGAAAUUCAAUGGUAUAUAUGCGAUGCGAGGAUUUGGUUAUAGAAACGUGAACAUUUUCGAUCCAAAGGAUGUUGAGAAAAUACUCUCAGUAACACGAUAUAACGACAAGCGGUUACCAUACGGAUUCCUGUCGCCUUGGCUUGGAACUGGGCUGCUGCUGAGCAAUGGUGAAAAAUGGCACGAGCGAAGAAAAAUGCUGACGCCAGCUUUCCAUUUCAAGAUACUGAAGAAGUUCUUUAUGAUUAUCAAUGAACAGACGGAAGAACUUGUAAAAGCGAUUCAAGAAGAAGUGCAGAAGGAAAAAACACCCGUGAUGCCUUUAGUAGCAAAAUCCACGCUUCGUGUUAUAUGUGAAACCUCAAUGGGCACAUCUAUGCAGGAAGACAUUCAGUUAGUGACUAAUAAAUACUUCAACGCCAUACAUAAGCUAGGAAAGUGUCUCAUAUACAGAAUCAGCAGGAUUUGGAUUUAUGACGAACCGAUAUUCAAGCUAACUAAAUGCUAUAGAAUUCAGAAAGCAGCUUUGACUGAUCUGCAUAAAUUCACCAAACAGAUAAUCAGGGAAAGGAGAAAGUUUAGAAAAGAGAACAAGAUCACGGCGUUUGAUGACGAUGAUGACGUGUACGGUAAGAAGAGUCGAAUGGCGAUGCUGGAUCUACUGCUGGACCAGGAGACGGUGGGGAACAUCGACGAGGAAGGCAUCCGGGAGGAGGUCGAUACAUUCAUGUUUGAGGGUCAUGACACUACGGCGACCGCUCUGUGCUUCAUGAUCAUGAGGAUAGCCAACGAACCCGUGGUCCAGAAUCUGAUAUAUGAAGAGGUACAGCGUGUUAUAGGAGGAACUCAACAGAGCCUCACAAUGGAACAGCUCGGGGACAUGAAGUACUUGGAGUGUUGCAUCAAGGAGUCCUUACGGCUUUAUCCCAGCGUGCCUUACAUAGCUAGAGUUAUACACGAAAAUAUUGAAUUAAGUGGUUACACAAUACCGAAGUCUACUGAGGUCAAUAUCCACAUAUUCGACAUCCAUCGUCGUGAAGAUAUUUACCCUGAGCCUGAGAAAUUCAUCCCAGAGAGGUUCUCGCCAGAGAACACCGUCAAACGGAAUCCAUACACCUACAUACCAUUCAGUGCGGGACCUAGAAAUUGUAUAGGUCAAAAAUUUGCGAUGUUGGAACUGAAGUCGGUGAUGGCAGGCAUUAUCCGAAGAUUCAAGAUCGAGCCGGUCACCAGGCCAGAAGAGAUCAAGUUCGUUGUAGAUCUAGUGCUGCGGUCUGCAAACCCCAUCUACGUGCGAUUUGUAGAGAGAAAAAAAUGUCUAGAUGCUUAAGAAUUAUAAAAAUAUUUAUGGUUUGAUGUGUAAAUAACUUAAUUAUAUCCAUAAAGUGGCUGACUUAACAUA